AAAGAAAAAAAAAAAAAAAGUUUGGAAAGCAAGAAUUAAACCUCACUUCCACUCUACUAAUUUAUUGGCCUAAAAUUCACCUUGCUUUUCUUAGUGCUAUUUUUAAUGAUUAGUGAGAUUUAUUUACCAAAAUUCAGAAUGGGUGUGUGGUGGCCUUCCUAUUGAUAACCUUAUCCUUUUUCAAUAACAGAUUUUUAAUUUUUUUCUUCUUAUUUUGGUCAUGGGCCUGUGCUAAAGCCUCAGAUUUAAGGGUGUGUGUAUAGGAUUUUGUGGGGACCUGAACAUUUCAAUGUAGGCUUUCUUUAUUUGGGAGAAAAAAAAAAUCUCAUUUCUGGUUUCUUGGUAUUAUUCAAGUUUACCAUUCUCUGUGUUAGAUUUAUGUAUUUCCAUUUCUCUCUGUGUUAUUCUCUUUGGCCUGAGUUUCCACUUUUUAUAUUUGCCCCAGUCUCUGAGAUAUAUAUUUGCUGAGAUAUUUAGUAAGAUUCAAGAGAUAUUGUUGAAUGACUAAGUGAACAUUUGAAUUCCUGAGUGGGUACAAAAACAUCUUCCUCAGACUUGGUGGAAAGCCACUGUAGAAAGAGAUGUUUCUUCCUUUAAAAAAACAAAUCCAUUGCCUUUCUAUAACUAUAUAUCACAUUUGAGUAGGAUAACAAUAUAAUUGCCAUUCUGGGACACUUUUGAGAGUUAAAGGGGGUAACUGUAAAUAAUCAUGCCAGGGGGUACUGACUGUGAAUGAAGGCAUACAAUCACAUCUACUUUUGAAGGACUUUCUUCUUUAACUGUGAUCAUAUUUAUCUCCUUACCUGAGAAAUUGGACUCACUUGUUAGUUAAUGUUUGCAAACUUUUCUAUUUGUAGAAUCUUCAUUUGUAGUAGGUUGUUGGGUGCCUUUGUCUUAGUCAUCUGUGGCUUCCCUAUCCAGAUGCUUGUGGGCAGCUUGUAGCUGCCCUUAAUUUUUCUACUUUUCAUUGUUUACAGGAUAGUGACCUUGGGCUCUCUGUUUGAUUCAGCUUCUCUUAGCUGGAAACAUUGUGUCCUUUAGCCUUGGCUCUACUUUCUUCAGUCUGUUUCUGUGUAACAUUUAGUGCCUAUCUAAGAAUUUCAUGUAGGACCUUCCUCUUGCUGCUGGUGACAGGAGAUCCAUUGAUAGAUACCCUUCCAAUCCUUCAUGCCAGGAUGAGGCCAUAGCCAUCUGCAAGUGUUAGAGGUUGAUAUGUUUUUAAAGUAUACUAAGAAUGGGUGUCAUUGGAAAGACACAUUUGGGGGGGGGGCAUUUAUAUUACCAUCUUUUAAUUCCUGUUUAUAGGAGAUGGGGGUAAAACCCUUAGUAUAAUUUUGUGGUAGAUUUCUUUAUAGGCAAUCUCUUACAGAGGAGGUUUUUUGUUGUUGUUUUAUUUUGUGAUUUCUUACCUCACUUUUUUUUUUUUUUUCUUUUUAACCAUCCUUGUCUGCCUCCUCCUCUUGGUGCCUGUCAGGCAUACUCAGUUAACACACAGCAGAGAGAGUGGUGUGAGUAAACACCAGGACUGGAGUGGAGUGUCUCACCUUGGUUUCCCUUGAGUUGCUCCCUUGGGUACUGUUUGUCUUUUAUUCUUGACUUGGCACCUGUGUAACAGGGACAAUCAGUUUCUACACUUUGAUUUUCAGUCUAAAUUUGUAAAACUCUAAAUGAAAUCUGUCUUACUUUGUGAUAAAUGUAGCCCUGAAAAGUGAAAUGAAAAUACUUAUCUAUAUUUGGCCCAACUGUAUAACCAGCAAGUACUGACUGAAACUUUUUUCCCCCAUGCCUUAUAGUUUGUGAUUUAAAAAAUAGCUUGGAAUUUCUAAGAAGUCCAUGAUUUAUGAAGGAUUCUGUAUAAUACCCUCCACUAUGUACCUUAAAGUCUUAAUGUUUUUCAAGUUAAAAAUAACCUUAGAGCAAGUAGUAAAAACUACCUCCCCCAAUGAUUUCACAAAUGAGGUAUUAAGCUUUUAGAUAAAGUACCUCCCCAAACAUUUAAGAUAGGAUUCCACUUUUAAAAUGAAUAAAUACACAUUUUUCAGAAACAUGAUUGUUAUUUUAAAAGGUUGUGUUUAUAACUGACCAGAGGCCACAGAGGCAUGAAAACAAGGAAGUGGGCUUUGGAGCCAGACCAGUAUCUGGAGUAGAACAGAAAAAUUAUUAUGCCUGUGCUCCUUUGGGACUCUUUGGAAAUUAUACAGUGACAUCUUCUGGGAUUUAGUCUGGAGUGUGCAGAUUGGUGCCUAAAAUGGAAGUAGACAUAAAUGGGGAGUCCAGAAGUACCCUGACCACCCUACCCUUGCCUGUGGCUGAGGUGAGCUCCCCAGGAAAAGCAGAGGCAGAGAAGCCUCGCUGCUCCAGCACACCCUGCUCACCCAUGAGGCGAACUGUGUCAGGCUACCAGAUCCUCCACAUGGACUCUAACUAUUUGGUUGGCUUCACAACUGGCGAGGAACUCCUGAAGUUGGCCCAGAAGUGCACUGGAGGUGAAGAGAGCAAGGGAGAAGCCUUGCCUUCCUUUCGCUCCAAACAGCUGGAUGCAGGACUUGCACGUUCCUCUCGUUUGUAUAAAACCAGAAGUAGGUACUACCAGCCAUAUGAGAUUCCAGCUGUCAAUGGCAGGAGGCGAAGGCGGAUGCCCAGCUCAGGAGACAAGUGCACUAAAUCCUUACCUUAUGAACCUUAUAAGGCCCUCCAUGGGCCCCUGCCUCUUUGUCUUCUUAAAGGUAAGAGGGCUCACUCCAAAUCUCUGGACUACCUCAAUCUAGAUAAAAUGAACAUCAAGGAGCCAGCUGACACGGAAGUGCUACAGUACCAGCUUCAACACCUAACCCUCCGCGGGGACCGAGUGUUUGCUAGGAAUAAUACAUGAAUGACUCUCACAGUUUAAGUCACUUUAGGUCAGCCUGCACUUGGCUAGAGAAAAUCCACUGUUGUACUCUGUACAUGACUCUUCACAUUAUAGAUGGUUAUAUCAGCUAAGUGUCCCUGGAAUAUAAAAAUUGUUUGGAUCAAAUUUUGAAUACAGGAAUGAAAUCACAGGUACUUGGGGGGAGGGUAUCAUGCUAGAGCACGCAACUGCAAAGAAAACAGAAUGUUGACCGUUAGUUUGUAUAGCUCUUUAGCUAGGAAACAAAAAAAAAAAAACAAACAAAAAAAGGCUUUGGGACAGUAAUUUCAUCUUUAUGAUUCUGACACUCAAAUUGGGAAUGUUAUCUGCUUGGUUGUUGCUGACUUGGUAUGAUUCAUUAGAAAUUUAUAUCUUAAGUACACAAGUACUUCUUGAAACUCUGUAUUUUACUAUAAAAUGUAUGUAAUGAUUUGUUUUAUGAAAUUUAGAACUUGAACAUUGCUGAAUUGGACCACUUUUUAUUUUUAAAUAUUGAGUUUAAAUAUUUUAUAACUGGUUUUGCACUGAAAAAAAUUAACAUUUCAGAUUAAGAGAAUAAUCUUUCUUCACUUGUCUCAAUAAUAUUAUUGAGCAAUGAAUUUUUUAUUUCCGCAUGGAAAGUUAUUGAUCUCUAUGGCUGUAAAAUAUUUCUUUAUAGCGUUAUUAAAGUGUGUCUUAAUAAAAUUAAAUUUGGGAUACAAAGUAUUUAUUUUACAAUGGGUGGGUGGGGGGGGAAGCUUUUCCAGAAAGUUUCCAGUUUGAAGUUUUCAUGAGUUGAAAAAGUUUCCUUAGUGCUUAUUUUCUAAUUUAAAAUUCACUUGGAACUUUACAAUGGAAAGGAUUCUUUUAAUUGUGGGUUAUAGGCAUAAGACUGUUUGCAUCUGAAUUUUCUGUAAGUGAAUGGGACAUUAAUAGAAGAUCUCAUGAUUUCUACUAUUGAAUGCUUAAACUAAGUAUGAACUUAAUUCAGCAUGGCAUUGGGUCAUUCCAGUUUUAGUUCUGUGCAACACAGCACUCAUUGAAAUUCCAGUUUCUAGGAUUAGUGUAGGAGACUAAAGUGCUUCUGUAAUUUUAAUGGGUUAAUCCUGGAUUACUUAACAAUUUAUGUCAAUUGCACUGGUUCAAUUUGUUGCUAAAGAAAUAAUGCCCUGGCUUUAGUAACAAAUACAGCUCAACUAUUCUUGAAUAUGUUUUGGAAAAAAUGUAUGUAACUUACCUUUUGUAAACAUUUCUCUUUCUUUUUUUUUUUCCUUUCACUCUUUUGUUCUUUCUUUUUUUUCUUUUUUGACUCUUGAAGGUGCAAUUUAUUACUAAUCUGGCAUCUCUGGCAACAUAAAACCGCAUAUUUUUGUUUUACUGUGGGGAGUGUGAGGUUUCUCGGGUGUUAGCAAUCUUGCUUAUAAAAAUAAGAACACCUUUUAAUUAAUGAGUGGGUCAUUCCUGGCACAAUUGUGAUUUUUUCCUUUAGCCAGGAAGAAUGGCAAACUUUAUUUAGAGCAAAGUAAGUAUUAGGAAACCCUAGGAACUCUUAAUCAACGUUUAUUGUACUUUUACUAAGGCAAACCAUGUGGAAGAGCCUUGGGAGGUUGACGCAUAUCUUACUGAGUUGAUCAGAUUUCUUGGUGGGCUGGAAAUUUUCAGCUAUUGUAUAUUUUAAAGUAAAUUGCACCUUUGUAACAUAUUGUAUUGAUGAAUGAUCACUAAGAUUAACUAUAUCUAUACAGUCAAUAGUUUGACAAGAAAUAGAAUCCUGUCAGAUGCCAAAGAGUUGGGAUUUUUACGUUUAAUGAUUAAACACCAUUAUUUAUUGAUGACUUACCCUGUGGAACUGUAUUAUUUCUAACUAUGAAAUAAAAGGGUGAUGUAAACACA